UUAAUCGGACGGGGUAGUCGCUCGUCAACAGUGCUGUGACUCCUCUUCAGCAAAUCGGAAAACUUUAUCCCUAAGUAUGGGUAGAACCGCCGUUGCAUCGGUCGUGACUCUAUGCCUGAUUCCCGUUCAUCUUAUCGUCAAUCGUUUUGUUCCCGACCCUUACAUGUGAAGGAUGAGAUAUUCCACGUUCCCCAGGCUCAACACUACUGUCGGGGAAAUUUCACAAGUUGGGAUCCCAUGAUCACCACGCCUCCUGGACUGUACUUUCUUUCACUUGCAUAUAUUGCUUCUUUGUUUCCAGGAUUGUUCUGCAUGCGAGCAGUGCCAUCGUUUUCAGACUCAUGCUCUACUUCAAUUCUACGACUAACCAAUGGUGUUCUUGCAGUAGUAUGUAGCAUUCUUGUAUAUGAGAUAAUCAUUCAUCUGAGACCAUCGCUUCAUGACAAGAUAGCAACAUUCCGUGCUGUGGUUUUGUCAUUGUAUCCGUUGCACUGGUUCUUCUCCUUUUUAUACUAUACAGACGUCGCAUCUCUAACUGCCGUACUUGCUAUGUAUCUUUUAGUUUUGAAGAAGAAGUACAUCUGCAGUUCUUUGCUAGGGGCUGUUUCUGUGUUGGUAAGGCAAACAAAUAUUAUAUGGUUGCUCUUUGUUGCUUGCACUGGUGUUAUAGAGUUCGCUCAGUCUCAUCUAAAGGAUAGGGAGGAGGAAAUAGAUAAGGUAAAGACAGCAAUGCAAAAUGAUGAUUUCUCCGACGUUCAUAAGGGUGUUUCAGUGAUCUCCAAAUUGAGAAAGCGAAGGGUCAAUAAUGGUAUGAGAAAUCAGAAAAACCUUGCUGUAGAAACGUUGAAUCCUAUGGUACAUUCCUCAGGAUUGCUUGACGAGAUUUAUAGCAUAGUACUUGUAUCUUGGAAUCAUUUAUUGGAGAUUUCGGUUUUGCUAAGUCCUUUCUUGAUGGUAUUUGCGGCUUUUAUAGCAUUUGUGUGCUGGAAUGGGAGUAUUGUUCUUGGUGCUAAAGAUGCGCAUACAGUUUCCCCCCAUUUUUCCCAGUUUCUGUAUUACGGCGUGGUUUCUUCUCUGUUUACUUUUCCUGUCCAUUUCUCUUUUGGUCAAGCUUCCACUCUGUCUCAUCAGCUCCUCAAGAACAGACUGCUUGGCUUUUUUCAGGGGUUCAUGGCCUUGGCCCUUGCUUUCCUUUCUGUAAAAUUUUUCAGCAUUGCCCACCCAUAUCUCCUAGCAGACAAUCGGCAUUAUCCUUUCUAUCUCUGGCGGAAAGUCAUCAACCGCCAUUGGUCGACCAAGUACCUUAUGAUCCCAUUUUAUAUUUACUCGUGGUUCUCCAUAGUCUGUAAUUUGGCCAAAAAUCAGAAGAAGCUCUGGGUGUUGGUAUAUGUUUUGGCUUGCGCUGCAACACUUAUUCCCACGCCGUUGAUAGAGUUCAGAUACUAUACAAUUCCAUUCUUCUUCAUGGUUCUCCACUCCGACAUUAUUGACAACAUGAGUUGGCUUCUUCUGGGGUUCUUGUAUCUUUGUAUCAAUUUCUUCACAAUGUAUAUGUUCUUAUUCCGGCCCUUCUCUUGGGCGCACGAAGCUGGGACGCAGAGGUUCAUUUGGUGAUGUGCACACCAGAAAUGUUUAGGAAAGCUUUGCAACUAAUGUGCACAGUGCACACUGACAUGACUUUCCCUAGGGUGUGGAACAAAAUAGGAAGCCAUUCAUGUUGUUGUUGCAACGACUCCCGUUUCUCUUGAAUCGUCUACUUAAGGUACAUCACUAUACAGAUUUUUUGGUUGAGAAACACCUCUGCAACUUGUAAUACUAAGCACAUAUCUGUGUUAUUCUGUUAGCACGGUGUGUAGACUAAUUCUAGGAGUUGCUCAUGAAGUAACCAUUAUAAAUCUUGCUUCUAACUAAUUUGUGAAAAUACAUGAUAUGAUUGAACAUGCGGAUUCAUAGUUGACACAUUCUUCUUCUUUAUUUGUCACAAAUACUAGGCGAAAUAUCAUUAA